AUAUCAAGAGGAGGCAAAAGAUCUCCAUUCAUGCAUGCAUGCAUUCAUUCAGUUUAUUGCACAUUGCUCCAGUUUCAUAUCUGGAAGCAAAUGCAAUCGUUGGUUUCCAAAGUAACCAUGGUUUCAAAGGAGAUUGUUCCUACAGGACAUAUACAUACAUACCUCUAUUCACAGUUAUAAUCUGUCUAACAUAUAUGUUUCUGCAGACACAUGCAUCUGCAUGUGUAUGUGGCUGGGUGUGCAAUGUGUCAACGCCAGGGGGAUAGCAUAUGUAGCUUUUUUGUUCCGUUUUGUUUUGUUUCCAUAAAUCCCCACGUAUAAUGGCUGGAGAAGGGGAGACAAGAAACCAACCUAAACUUCGGGGUUUUUUUUGGAAAAUACCAGUAAAUCUUCACAUUGGGCAUAAUUCGUAUAUCUGUACUAGGCUGGUCACAAGUUAAGCACUGUAGAGUGGAAGCCCAACUAUGGUCAGCAACAAGGCACAUGUGCUAAACAACCUGGUGUGUACUUCCAGCUAUUUUCUUUUUUGGUUAGAAACUUUAUUUUAUUUUCCUAGUGACACUCAAGGGAAGCCGUAAUGUUAUAGAAGAUGAAUACACGAGCUUUUUUUUUUUCCAGUUGUAGUCUCGUUUAUGGCUUUAUUGCCCACCAUUGAUUACUUUGCUUUGUUACACAGAGGAAAAAGAUAAUAAAAUCCUUUGGCAUCCGGGUUCCUGUUAUAGCUAGGGGGGGAAUAUAGCUUUCCCCCUCUUCCUUGUCAACUAAAAUAUUUUAGGGGAGACAUCGCUAAAAAGGGAUUAAGUAUAUUGAGUAAUAGCAAGAAAACACCUUCAGAUGUUCGAAUUUUUACCCUGCAACUUUGAGCCUGCAUCUCACCAGACCACUCUACACAAAUCCUAAAUUUAAAAUAAAAUGUGUACGUGAAGAAAAAGGCCAAGGGUUUCCUGGCAUAAUUGAAUUUUUAAAUAGCCAGCCACGAGAAUGAUGAAUAUACCUUGCAAUAUUUACAGAUCAGCAGGUAUGUUUUAUAUUUAAGGAGCAAUUUAUGGGACUGGAUUGAAAUUAAAAUUAGAUUAGCUGCCUUCAUUUCAAUUAGUCCUAGGUGCAAUUCACCAAGAGAAGAGAUAAUAUAAUCCUUUUUAAUCUAACUAAAUAUUUGCAAAGGAAGUUUCCUAAAUCUGUUGUAAAUAUCCGAAACCAUAAAUUUCUGUAAACGUAAACACGAGGUGCUGUCCUCAACCAAUACCUCAAAAUGUACUUAAAUUGCAAAUAGGAAAAGUGUGAGUUUUGUUGUGGUUCCUGUUGAAAAUGUAAAUAUAUUCUAACAGUACCAACCAUUGAAAAUUGCAAGGGAAAUAUUCAGGACAGGACUGUCAAACUGCACUAAAAGAGAACAUCUAACUUCCAGACUAACGUGAAUUCGGAAUGUUGUCUUUUUUACUGCAACUUCCUUCCAAAUCCAUAGUUCAGGAAUGCUCUAAAAGCCACAUUAUCUGUUGAGCAGUCGCCAUGUUUUUUUUUUCUUUUUGCUCCCUUUAUGUGAUAUUUUCUCAUAAAGAACACAACCACUUGAUUCCAUAAUAUUGACCAACGCUCCAUGAGAAAACGAAGAAAGAUGGAUAAUUUAUGAAUUAAUAGUCUGUGGGCACUUGAGAUGUAUUACUUUGAAUUCUGGGCUAUUUUGUUAUCAGAUAUCAGGAAACCAUAAAAAAUUCUCUGCUUCUAAAGCUCAGUGUUAACAAAAAAAAAAUAAAAGGGAGCGAGCGAGAGAAAGUUAGAUUUGGUUAUGAAAUUUCAAAUUUAAUUCAGAUGUGUUUUUUCCCUAGGAGUACCCCCCUUCGAAAUCUCCCCCCAUGCACUUAAUAUUUUCUCUCCUUCUUCUAAGCCAUCUCAUAUUUAGAAUUUUCAAGACUUACUUUCAAUGCAGACUUAGUUUCAACUGGGGAAUCAACACAAGCAAAAGCAAUUUUUCCCUUUCUUGACAUCUAGCUUCCUAUUGGCUCAAAUCAGGUCAGCUGACUUUGUCAUUUUGUCUGUCCUGGAGUAGAGCCUUCCCUAUAACAAUCUAGUUCAGACUACAAACUGGAGACAGAAAUAAAUAUUAAAGAAAUCAUACACCCAGGUAUAGAGGAAGAUAUGAAUUCCUAUUUUACAAACCCAUCGUUAUCUUGCCAUCUAACCAGUGGCCAAGAUGUGCUACCCAAUGUAGCUCUCAAUUCAACGGCUUAUGACCCCGUCAGGCAUUUUUCUACCUAUGGAGCAGCCGUUGCUCAAAACCGGAUUUACUCUUCUCCUUUUUAUUCACCGCAAGAUAAUGUUGUGUUUAGUUCCAGCCGAGGACCAUAUGACUAUGGAUCUAAUGCUUUUUACCAAGAAAAAGACAUGCUUUCUAGCUGCAGGCAAAAUUCUAUGGGACACAAUACACAGACUUCAAUUGCACAGGAUUUUACCAGUGACCAAAACAGGAACACUUCGCAAGAACAAAAAACUAGCAUUCAAAUAUAUCCAUGGAUGCAGCGCAUGAACUCCCACAGUGUUUGCUUUGUUUCUGAAUCCCUAGGAGUCGGCUAUGGAGCGGAUCGUAGAAGGGGUCGCCAGAUCUAUUCCCGCUACCAGACCCUGGAACUGGAAAAGGAAUUCCACUUCAAUCGCUACUUGACAAGGCGGAGGAGGAUUGAGAUCGCCAAUGCACUUUGCCUAACGGAGCGUCAGAUCAAAAUCUGGUUCCAGAACAGGAGGAUGAAAUGGAAAAAAGAAAGUAACUUGAGUUCCACUCUGUCUGGGGGAGGCGGCGCAGGCGCUGGGGCAGCUGCAGAUAGCUUGGGUGCAAAGGAAGAGAAGCGAGAAGAGACAGAGGAGGAAAAGCAAAAGGAGUGAAAAUUGACGGCUCAGCCCCUCAUGCCCCCCCACUCCCCACCCUCACCCCUCUCCACAUACACGCUAUAUUUAUCACUGGCACAAGUUAUAUGUUUGGCUACAUUAAAAAAAAUUAAGAGCCAAACGUGGACAUGAAAGACAGACUCCCCCCCCACACACACUCACCCCCCACUCCCCAAUAUUCAGUUCAUAACUUGCUCCACUAUCCCUUUUAGGUUUUGACUAUAAACCCUCACUCAGCCCCCAUCUUGCCUAUUUAUCUAACUUUGAACACAGUUUUCUUCCUAAAAAGAAACUGGCUUGCAGGAGGCAGAACACCCUGUAGUGUUGCCUAGUUGUGUUGGGAUGAUCCUUGUAAGAUGGACUCUAUGCAGUUGUUUUAUUAUUAUUAUCAUCAUCCAGAAAACGAGUUUCCCACCAUGUUGAAAAUAAUCCCCUGAAAUCUCUUUCCACGUAAAUAUAGCAUUUUCAAGAGUAACCUAAUUGUAUUUAAACAAUACCUGGGCUCAUCAUUGCAAACUGUGACAGUUUAUGUGUGAAUAUUUUUAGCUGUAUUUGUGGUAUCUGUAUUUAUAUUUAUGUUUAGCACUGUAAUGUUCAACAGUAUAAAGUGAAUGGAGGUCUAUAGCAGUAGAAAAAAAUAUCUUGUGUUAC